AUGAAUUGCCAAAUAUACAGUUAAUCAAUUUUUUAAUUAUACAUUAAGGCGAAAUUUUUUCAAACAUUAAAUAUUUUCAAUAAUGGUGUGUGUACCUUGUAUUUUUAUCCCUGUUCUCCUUUUUCUGUGGAGAUUAUUUGUACAGCCACUAUUUUUAAAAUUUGUAUGGAAUCCUUGGGCGAAAAAUGAUGACGAUUCCAAAAACAAAACACCUGAAUUUCCUUUCACCUGUGCUGGAGGAGUUUGCAAGUUUAAUCCAAAGAAACCUGUUGAAAAUAUAACUGAAGAAAAUAACAAAAAGAAUGAAUAAUAACUGUGAAUACCUCG